AUGAAGGAUCGUCCAACUUAUGCGCGUUACAUAGAACAAGUUCCAAAGGAUGAAAGGAAAAAAGGAGUUCAUCCUAAAACACCUAACAAAUUUCUCAAUUGGAGUAGACGAUCAUGGGACAAACAGAUCAAAUUAUGGAAACUUGCAAUAUAUGAAUGGGCAGGGGAAUCGCCAUCUUCAAGUGUUUACGGCUCUUAUUGUUCAUCGGAAUGUAGUGACGAGGAUCGAGCUCAGUCUUUGGAACGGCCGCAUUCGGCUGAGCCUUCAACAUCGAAAAAGAUCAAAAUUGAGAGGGACGUUGAACCGAAGAAUAGGAUUGUUAAUAUUCCACCAUCAGCCGACACUAUGGCUUCAUUGUCACUUUGA